AUGUGGGCUGUUCUCAUUAGUUGGUUGAAUCCCAGGCGUGUGGUCGCACCGUUGCUGGCCUUUAGGUUUGCCCCUAGCUGCACGUUCAGGACACCUCAUUCAGGCUGCCCUGUCGAGUCGCAUUUGACAAAGCCCCCGCUGGCUGGCGAGACCUCAGGCAACUGGAUACUUCACACUCGAGACACCACUCUUGAAGACAACCUUUCCCUUUAUGCAAUCUUCAGACGAAAGGGCUGGGAAAGUGGCCUGUUGCUACCCUCCCUCCUGAUUCCUCUGCAUAGCCGUCAUCGGGUGCGGAAUCCCCACAAGCUUGAGCUUAUUGUCGGAGCCCGUCGCCUCGUUUUCCUCGCUUGUCACUUUCAUUCAUCCAGCGGGUGGCCAGUCUCGUAG